AUGUUACGUGUACUUGAAUUAUUCAGUGGUAUUGGUGGUAUGCAUUGUGCACUUGAUUUUCUGGAUCUCAAUUAUGAAAUUGUGGCUGCUAUUGAUAUAAAUCCUACUGCAAAUGUUGUUUAUUCAUCAAAUUUUCCUAAUGUUCCAAUAAUUAAUCGUUCAAUUGAAACAAUAUCUUUAAAACAAUGGGAAAAAUGGAAUGCUGAUCUAUGGACAAUGUCACCACCUUGUCAACCAUUUACUCGUCAAGGUAAACAAGAAGAUUUAAAUGAUCGUCGUACUGAUGGAUUUGUUUAUUUAAUGAAAACAAUUCUUUCACAAUUAAAAUCUAAACCAAAAUAUAUUCUUCUUGAAAAUGUAUCUGGCUUUGAACAUUCUCAAGCUCAUCAAUUAUUAUUAGAAACAUUACAAUCAAAUAAUUAUUCUUAUGAACAAUAUCUUCUUUCACCAAUACAAUUUGGUAUACCUAAUUCACGUCUUCGUUAUUAUCUUAUAGCUAAACAACAAGAGAAUUCAAUUGAUACUUAUUCACCAAUAAUUCAUACACGUAUAUCAAAUUUUGAAAAACUAUUAACCAAACUUCAUGAACAAUUUCCAUUGAAAACUUCGUUAUCUAGUGAAGAAAAUUUAAUACAAAAUCGAAAUGAUCAAAUAACAGAUCAAUGUAGUCAUUCAUCUGAAAUUCUUAUUGAUUCUAAUCAAUCAAUGUUUAUUAAUGAUUUUUUAGUUUCAAAUGAAAAUUCCGAGUUUGAAUUAGAUGAAAAACAAUUAAAACGAGGUUUAAAUGUUUGUGAUAUAAUCACUUGUUAUGCAAAACGUUCAUUUUGUUUUACAAAAUCUUAUGGAAAAUAUUUUGAAGGUACAGGUUCAUUAUUUAGUACAUUAACAGAUCAUAUUCGAUAUUUUACACCUAAAGAAAUCGCUAAUUUGCAUUGUUUUCCAUUAAAUUAUAAUUUUCCACAACAAAUAACAAAUCGUCAAGCAUAUUCAUUACUUGGUAACAGUUUAAAUGUUUUUGUUAUUAGUAUUUUACUCGAAAAUCUUUUCGAGCGCUUUUGA